UUUGGUUUGCUUGUUUGCUUGUCUUUUUUAACUUACAGCAGCAAAAUUGGCUAUUGCGAGUUGUGACUAGCUGUGUUUUAAGGAACCUCCUGUGGAAAUUUGGUAGCAGGCCAAUGUUUGGUGACAUUCUUCAUGGAAAAUGUAGCCUGGCUUCCUUGGGAAAAGGAAGGCAAUGUACUCAUAAAGCUGGCUUCCUUUUGUGAGCUCUUUCAGGUCUUUGCUAGGCUGAGAAGCUAAGAUGUUGCACUGGUUGACUAAAUCACUUUCCUGAGAUUUUGUAACUUCAGGAUAAUGUUGUGCAUUAGACAUCAAAGUAGAAUGAGCUGCACAGGAUGUAAAAUGCGAUUGGUGGAAAACAUCUGUACAGCUUUACAAGAAUUCUCAGAUCUGAGAGUGGCUAUAGGCAGCUCUUGGAAUGCUGAGUUUUACUGGAAAGCGGCAAAAAGCCUUUAAGUGCUUUAGCAGAGUAGCCUGAGAAAGGUUUUCCCAGAGUGUAGGAGCAGAAUGGCUGUGUGGGCAUGCAGGCACUGUGGUUUCAAACAGAGGCUGUUUGAAAAGCAGAAGAAAAAGAAUUGCAGUUGUUUUUACAUUCUCCCAGGAGAUACUGUGGCUCAGGUUUUGGACCGUUUGGGAUUGUAUGUUCUAAACUAGAUGUUUUGUUUCAGUGGUAAUUUGACAAUGGCCCAAAUACAAAGAACCGUCUGGUUCUGAAAGUCCAAAAGGGCCUUAAGACUAAAUUUCUCAAGCAGUAGUCCCUUGUGCCAUGUUGUUGUUUUACAUUUGUUUUACAUUUUAUGUCCCGCUCUUCCUCCAAGGAGCCCAGAGCGGUGUACUACAUACUUGAGUUUCUCUUUCACAACAGCCCUGUGAAGUAGGUUAGGCUGAGAGAGAAGUGACUGGCCCAGAGUCAUCCAGCAAGUCUCUUGGCUGAAUGGGGAUUUGAACUCGGGUCUUCCCGGUCCAAGUCUAGCACUCUAACCACUACACCAUCUCCUUUGGAAAUGGAAGGCUGCUGAAGGCCUGUUCUCUUGGCAACAACCUUGAGACUGGACUGAAACUAAAAGCAAGCUUGAUCAUGGUUUAAUAGAUGAGUUGUUGCCUGUGUGAGCGUUAGACAGAGAUGUCCCUGGGCUAGAAACGCCAGGAGCCAAAGCAGGUCUCUGGUUUGCAGCCAAUACCAGGUGGCAGGAGCACGGAAAGGCAGCUCUGAACACAGACGGCCCAGAUGGCUUGGCAUCACUGGCGUGGUUGUGCUUUUAAGUCUGCCUCUUGAAUGGGGAGGAGCCAGAGUGGCUGGAAAAGAGCAGAGCAGCAGCUCAUGGGGCUCCAUGAAAUCUGCCAAUUCCCAGGGAAGUUAGGAAGCCUCUGAAUAAAUAACUCCGGCUGGCAGCCAUCUGGUAAGCUUAUGGAGAAUGCUUUUGAAAGGCUGCUGCUGCUGCCAAGUGUUGCCUCCGAGCAGGUAUCGUUCCCCAGCAGCAUAUUGCAAACGUGCUUUCCUGGUGCCAUGAGUUCGAGGGGCCUGUUGGUCUCCUGCUUUUUCACUGCCUCCCUGUCAGCCCAUCACAUCCUGUUCAAAGCUCUCCCCCUGCCUACAAGCUGAGCUAGAUGUCGCAUUUGCCAUGGGAAUCAGCAUCACUCAGUCCUCCUAUUUAAAGGAACUCGCCCAUAGCUGAGAAAACUGAAGUCCUCAGUGAAGAUCUGCUGCAGAUCGAGCGACGUCUUGACAACGUGAGGUCCGUGUGCCAUAAUUCCAGCAAGCGGCUUGUGGCGUGUUUGCACGGCCAGUAUGGAACAGAUGCUGAUAAGAGACAUAAAAAGCUCCCCCUCACCGCUUUUGCCCAGAACAUGCAAGAAGGUGGCUGUCAGCUCAGCGAUGAAACUUUUCUGGGGAAAAUGCUGGAGACUUGUGGUGAUGCAGAGAAUAAGCUGGCCAUGGAACUUUCUCACCAUGAGGUGCAGGUUGAAAAGGAGAUCUUAGAACCACUAAACCAGUUGACAGAGACGGAAAUCCCCAAUAUUCAGAAACAGAGGAAGCAGCUUGCAAAGCUGGUGUUGGACUGGGAUUCUGCCAGAACUAGAUGGAACCAGGCCCACAAAACCUCAGCCACCAACUUCCAAGGACUGCCUUCAAAAAUAGAUUCCCUGAAGGAGGAGAUGGACGAAGCAGGCAAUAAAGUUGAGCAGUGCAAGGAUCAACUUGCCGCAGACAUGUAUAAUUUCAUUUCCAAAGAAGGUGACUAUGCCAGAUACUUUGUCUCGUUAUUAGAAGCCCAAGCAGAUUACCAUAGAAAAGCAUUAUCAGUCUUAGAAAAGGUGCUCCCCGAAAUCCAGGCCCAUCAAGACAAGUGGACAGAGAAGCCGGCUUUCGGGACCUUGCUGGAGGAGCAUCUCAAGCGCAGCGGCCGAGAAAUCGCCCUCCCCAUUGAGGCGUGUGUGAUGAUGCUUCUGGAGACCGGCAUGAAGGAGGAGGGCUUGUUCCGCAUUGCCGCUGGAGCCUCCAAGCUGAAGAAGCUGAAAGCCGCCUUGGACUGUUCCAGCUCGCACCUGGAUGAGUUUUAUUCAGACCCCCAUGCUGUGGCAGGUGCCUUGAAGUCUUACCUGAGAGAGCUUCCAGAACCGCUGAUGACCUAUGCUCUGUACGAAGAAUGGACACAGGUGGCAAAUAUACAGGAUCAAGAUAAGAAACUGCAGGACCUGUGGAGGAUUUGUCAGAAAUUGCCAAAGAGUAACCUGGCCAACUUCAGGUACUUAAUCAAAUUCCUUGCAAAGCUUGCACAGUACAGCGACGUCAACAAGAUGACGCCCAGCAACAUUGCCAUCGUGCUGGGCCCAAACUUGUUGUGGGCAAAGAGUGAAGGGUCUCUCGCCGAAAUGGCAGCAGCAACUUCAGUGCACGUGGUAGCAGUUGUCGAACCUAUCAUCCAGCAUGCCAGUUGGUUCUUUCCCGAAGAGGUGGAUUUCAACGUGUCGGGAGCCUUUGUAGGGCAGCCUGUCAUGAACUCAAAUCACCUGCACACGGGGAAUGACUAUGACACGGGCACACUGGAGCGGAAACGGCCCGUGAGCAUGGCUGUCAUGGAUGGAGAUCUGCUGAAGAAGGAAGGCUUUGGUGUCAAGGUUAUGGACUUCCAAGCGAACCCUCGGAGAGGUGGCACUAUAACCCGAAAGCACACGGCCCCUGCUUUCCAGCCCCCACUGCCGCCCACAGAGGCUGGCCCGCUGGCUCCAGCCGUGGCAGAGCAGCACCCACAGGGCACAGGGGCUGAACCCGGCCUCUUGGGUGCUGCCUCUGGGGUCCCUGGCCCAGCGGAGCCACCCCAGAGUCAAGGCGUGGAGGACAGCAGCACUUCAAAGCCGAAGGACCUCACACCCUCGACGACUCCUCCACCCACAAGAAACGGGAGUCAUGGCAGCACGGCUCAGGGCUACCCCCCAGCUGCCAGUAGCGCCAACCAGCUCUCGGUUGGGCAGUCGCAGGCGGCGGCGGCAGCAGCUGCUGGGCCCAGUCCACACGCGCUCAGGCGAGCCGUGAAGAAGCCUGCGCCGGCCCCUCCCAAGCCAGCCAACCCGCCCCCUGGCCAGCCAGGGAACCCCAGUGCUGCCCCGGCCCCGCAGCCCCCCUCUGUGUCCCCGAAGCCACCCACCAGAAGCCCUUCUCCCCCCAGCCACGGCGGCACACAGCUCCCUGCAGCAGCAGCAGCAGCUGCCCCCCAGGUCUCCACACCGCGGCGCUACUCCAGCAGCCUGCCCCACCUCCAGGCUCCCAGCCACCCACCCCCGCAGCCCCCCACACAGACAGCGGCUACGCCUCCUCUGCAGCCAAAGGCCAGCAGUCCUGGGUCGUCCCCAGCCGCAGCAUCUGGCGCCGAGCCCGGCCCUGAGCAGCCCUCGCCUCCCCCUCCUCGAACGCCCACGCCCCCCGACACGCCUCCCCUGGGGAAGCACAGUGCCACCUCCCCAGCCCCUCAGCCCCCUGCCCAGGAAGCCCCGCCAGCUCAGUCUCCGCCUCAGACGGGCACGUUGCCGAGACCCAGGCCGGUCCCCAAGCCAAGGAACCGGCCCUCCGUCCCCCCACCGCCUCACCCACCUGGAGAUGCUUCAGCUCCUGGCCUCCCUCCAACUGCGUCCCGCAUAGUAACCGACUCAAAUGCCAGUGUUCAAGAGCCACCGCGGGGCCUCCCUGCUGCAGAGCUUCCUCCAACAGAGUCAGCCCUUGUACCAAGCCAGAGUUCACACAAUCACCUCGUGCUCGACAUCGAUCACGACUCCGAAAGCACUGCUUUGUAAUGGAAAGAAAAACCACUCCGCGACGCAGCCUCCUUCUGUCCCAGUGGGAACCCAGCCUGACAAGAUGCGACAGUGAGAAGCUUCUUCUUCUUCCUCCUCUUCUUCUUCUUUGCUUUCUUUCAAGAAAUGGCAGGAACUGUCAGGCAGCCUCCACUUGUGCCUCCAGAGAAAAACCCUGCCCCAUUUCCGAAGAAGUUUAAUGACCUGUGUCUUGAUGAAGGUGCCUAAGCUGUGGGUGGGAUAAUCCGGCCUGCCGAGCCUUGUAUAGGGAGCUUAAUUUGCUGCUGCUAACAGAGAUGAUGUUCGCCAACAAAUUCCAGAAGAGAAUCCAAAGCAAGGCAUGCAGAAUGGGGAGGAGCCUCCUGACGCAGGCCUCUUGGCUCUUACCAAGGAGAUGGCGCGCAAGAGACACUCCCGCUCUGACAUGCUGCAGACUUUUUGUUUAAAAGUAUGAACCAAAAAACUGCCACUUGUGCUGGGUGUGGCUGCUGGUUAUCGGUCACUCUUCCAAGCUGUGGAUGUAUCCUUGUGCCUUGAUGGACUGUCAUGCUGUAGAAGGAAAUGUACUGUCUCUUUAACCAUUUCAGUGCUACUGUUUUAAGUAUUGGUUGUUAUUUACCCUUUAUUUGUCAUAGUUAUUUGUAUUAACCAUCCUGCUUUGGUUCCUGUAACAACCAUGGGCAGCUGCUAUCAAGCUGGAACGGUUGGAAAGCGUGUAUUGCUUUCAGUUGUUAUAAAUGGGGUGAAUUUUGAGAACAUCUGUUUGGAUUCAUCUGCUGAGUAAAAUUAUUCUCUCACUUUCA